UAGCUUGGGCGGGACUUCCGGUCACUGACUUUGGAGGGAAUUUUAACCAUAACAAUCACGCAUUUACAUUUCACGUUUCUAAUAGCUAUUAUUGAUUCAUUCUUCUAGAAAUUUGAUUCUUUUUUUACUCUUUACGAUAGCGAAGGGAUAUUCUACGAAUAAGUAUUUGUAUAACUGUAUUUAAAAUUCUAUUCCAGGCAUAACGCUAACAGUUCGCUAUUGUGUUGUGUUCAUCCUCUCGUUGAUGAUCGCUCGCUGUUAAAGAUUACUCAGGCAAUGUCUGUGCUAUUAUAGGUCAAUUUAUAUGCAAAAUAAAUCGAUAAUGGAUCGUUUUAGGAAGAAAUUGGCCUGCCAGCUUUGUGAUGCAGUGAAUAACGAGGAUCCCAGAUCCGUGCAGCUACUUCUUUUAAAGGGUGGCAGCCCUGACCUGGUGUGUAGCAAAGGGGUGGCUGCAAUACACCUGGCUGCAGGUAAAGAGACGGAGAAAAACAUGCGUUGCUUAAAAAUGUUGCUGCAGCGUGGAGCUGACCCCAAUGUCAGAUCAUCUGAAGGCCUGACUCCUCUACACAUCGCUGCACUGUGGGGAUGCUAUCAAAAUGUCAAACUACUAUUAAUAAAUGGAGGAAAUCCAAAUAUUAAAGAUAAUGAUGGAAAUACACCUGGACAACUUGCAGAGCAACAAGAAAAUCAACGAUGUGCUCAAGUUCUCCAGGAAUACCAGGCCAGCACAAUGGACACCGAGGAAGAGGACUUCCCUCAAUUCAAAUACUCUGUGUAUUCGGAUCAGACGGACACAUCCGGCUAUCCUGAGUCAGACUACAGUUUCUCUUCCCAAUCAUCCGUGACGUGUGACUUUGGCGAUGCCCCAUGGAGCAGCACAAGACUGUCAUCGUUUUUCAACUUCCCUAACACUAAUGGCAGACCGAGUUGCAGAGAAUUGUCUUUUGAUGGCUUCUCAGGCGCUUCCGUUCUUUCAAGCACUCGGAUGUCUGCUGUAGCGCCUUCAGCUGCAAAGCCGGUCUUCAAGGAGGACACUUUAUGUACAGAGAAAGACCAAUCCUCAACAGAAGGAAGCAAACACAAUGCUGGAGUGGAUGGCACACACUCUCCCACCAGAGAAACUGUUCCCUUGUGCCAGGCGAAUCGGAAAAGUGUAAGCUUCAGGAAUAUUGAUGAAUAUUUUCCUGUUUUCAGUCCUGAACCUACUGAACACAGUUCUGCUGAAGACAAACAAUCCUCCAGCACGUUACCGUUUAGCAUAUCGGAGUACUCAGAGUUCUUAGACUCGGAACGCAUGGCCACCAUUUUACCAAAACAAGGCAUUGACGUUACAUCACCAGAUCACGUUUAUGUUUUCUGCAGGGAAAGCAGCGAGAGCACAGAAGAGGACUUGGAAAAAACAGUCAUAAAUCCUUACGUAUUAGAUGUGAGCAUGGAUGAACAGGAGGUUCAAAGAAUACACGCGCCUCAGGCGAAAGCAUUAACACAGCAGGGAGAGUCUGGUGCUGGUAGCAGCAGCAGUGGAACCAGUAGCAGUCAUUAUAGUAGCUGUGAGAGUGACCAUUACACCAGUGCUCUGGACGCCUCUGUAAAUCCCAGACAAGAAACUGAAAUGGUGAAAAAAAAAUCUCCUCCACAUGUUACAACACAACUUGAGAUGGAUUUGAAUCCUGAAUCUGUAGAGCCCCGACAAGAUAUGCUCGAGAAGGUGACCCUUCCUGCAGAACAUGAACUAAACGGUGAUGCACCGGAUGGAUCUGUGUUCGGCACUCGCAUCAAGGCAGACACCACCAAGGCAGUGGAAUGCACUAGUUUAGAAGCAGCUGCUUCAUUAGAGGGAAAUGAUUCAUUUUCCUUUACACUCAGUCCGUUUGUGACAGGCAGGACACGCUCAAGGUUAAGCCGCUGCUCAAUGAGGACGAGCAACAAGCUGGAGAGCCCUCUGGUCACUUCUUCUCUGUUUGAAGAUUCUCUGCCGACACCCGUACGAACUCCUCGCCAAACAGCCAGGACUCAGAACAGCGAAUUCCCUUACAGCUCUCCACACACACCCUACUCUGCAUUGUCUCGCUUAGGGAGAGGUCAACACGACAGUUCACCCAUGGGUAGCCUGGACUCACAAUAUAGCACGCUCGUUGCUGCUUCUAGUGUCAGUAAUAGCCAAGCUGAUACUCUCAUUCUGCCGAGAGGUGACUCUAGUGACAAACCUGAGUCUCUGGAUGACACAGUCCUUGUAGAACAUAAUCCAGAUAAUUCACUUGAUGCCUAUGAAAAAAAUCUGGCUCAGAUUAUUCUUGCCAUUCAAGGGCAGAAUUUGGAUCAUUCUGAAGGUAAGGAGUUUCUAACCGAUGAUCUGACGAGUGCUGAUGAAGAAACUACAAAAGGAAAUUUAAUUGGUGCCCCAUGUAGAGGGCAGGUAGACAGCGUAAGAGAUGAAGACGGCUGGAUUACUGAGAACAGCAGCUCUCAGUCAGACACUGCUUCAUCUUCAUCCACUUCCAGCUGUUUUUCUCCAAGGAAAUACCGGGACGACUCUGAUCUCCCUUGUACUCCGGGUACAGGAUGCACACCGAGGUACAGCAUGAGCAGACUUUCAAACAGCCACAGGCCAGAGCGCUUGGCUGAUUUAUCCUACACCCCAGGCGGGCGCCCACUCAUUCAGGACCUGGACGAACCGGUGGAAUACCUUUACACGGACACAGAGGAGGGUCACAAAUUGAUCGAGACGCACAUCCCACCCACAGCAGACACAUCAGUCAGCUCCAGCAUGAGCACCACCAACAGUGAGGACACCAUUCUGUACGACUGGAGAUCCUUACACUCUGAAACAAAGGCCAGCAAAGAAAAGGAGAAUGUGGAACCAAAGACAAAAGUACAGAAGAAGGAGAAUGGUGACUUGAAGGACAGUUUGUUACCAGAAAUCAAAGGAAUGACUGACAAGGAGCUGCGACUGAGGCUUGUGGAGAUGGGGGAGAGUCCCGGUCCAAUCAGCAGUCGGACCAGGCCCACCUACAUGCACAGGUUGUGUCGCCUGUUGCAAGAAUCGAACUCCCAGUCACAGCAUCUCCAGAAGCUGUCAGAGCCACAAACAGGGAACUCAGGCUUCAGUCCUGAACUGCGCGGAGUGCUGCAGACCUUCAAGUUUCCUGAUUGCCAAGCGGAUGAACAGGCUCUGUGGCAGCAGUUUGAUCAACCUGAUCAGAACAGGAAGUGGAGGGAGGGGCUUAUUAAGUCGAGCUUCAACUACCUCCUCCUUGAUCCAAGAGUUACCAAAAACCUCCCCUUCCGUAGUCACACCAUGACUCCUCAGGAGUGCUUCCAGACUUUUAUCCAUGCUAUAUUUUAUGUGGGCAAAGGAAAGCGCUCGCGUCCGUACAGCCACCUUUAUGAGGCUUUAGAGUACUAUAAAGGAGAGAAGACUUGCAAGACUCUCUGCCCCAAAGUUCAGCAAAUCCUCCAGGUGUGGAAUGCUGGCCAGGGAGUCGUCUCCCUCCAUUGUUUCCAGAACGUCAUUCCAGUGGAAGCUUACACAAGAGAAGCCUGCAUGGUGGAGGCCAUUGGUUUAAAAAUGCUCACCAACCAGAAACGUGGGGACUUCUAUGGUGUUGUAUCUAACUGGCAGAUGAGAAGGAAACGGGAACUCGGCGUCCACCUGUUAUAUCGCGCCAUGCAGAUCUUUCUGGCUGAGGGUGAAAGACAGCUGAGACCUGCUGAUAUCAGGCAGUGAAAACCACCACUGGAGGGAUGUGUGAGCAGCUGCAGAGAGGAGAGCAGGCACAUUCAGACUAAACAAAAAAGAAAAAGAAAAACUGACUGACAAUAGAGUUGAAGGAAGUCUUGCUCCAAUGGCAUUUGUUGUUUAUAACAUCAGGAAUUUUAAACUUUUCACUGGAAUCUUAAAGAUCUUUCUCUCAGUAGAAAUGUAAAAUGUUUAAAUUAGGGUUUUAAAGUUGUAAAUGUUUUUACAAAUAUUUUUUUUAAAUAGAUGCAACAGAUUUAUCUUGACCAGAAAAUUAUUGAUCUUGGGAUUUUUUUCAUUUUUUUAAACAGAUUCGUCUUAAAAACAGAAUGUGAUUUGACAUUUCUGAUUUGUUUAAGUUUAGACCUUUUUUUAGUUUUAAAAGCGUUAGAAUUUUCCUUGUGUUGAUUAUUGUUUUCUUUUUGUGGGUGUAUCAUUUGCAAGUCUUCUCUGUAGCAACCAAGCUAAAUCCCCAAAGGGGAUUAAAAUGAUCACUCCAGAAUUGAACCUUUAAGUUAGUUUAAUAGGUUUCUUUUGAGUAAUUUUGCACAUAGACAAAAUCAUUUAUAUCCCUCUCUCUUUGUUGAAAACAAGGCAGAAGAAAAAGACACAUGCCUUCCAUCAAACUACCAUAAUGUUUUUAAAAAGAAUAAAUGUAUUUGUUGCAAGCUUGAUAGCCUUAACAGAUUUCCCUUUAUUGUUGGUUUAAUCUUGCUGGAUCAUCUUUAGAACUGGUUUUUGUUUGUAUUGAAAUUACAUAAAACAAAUAGAUGCAUCAUUUGAAGAAAGAAUUUUCUUCUUGGUCCUAGAUUGGUUAUUAUCAUUUUCUAUAUGAUUUAGAGUUUAAAGCACUUCGCUUGUCUGAUGAACUUUUAGCACCCUUUUUUUAUAUUGAAUUGAGUAAUUUAGAUCACUUAUCAUUUAAUGUAUUUAAAUAUAUUUGCAGUUGUUGUCACUUCAGGGUUUGUAAUUGUUAAGCUGUCUAGUAUUUUUACAUCUAUUACAAUACUUGCAACUGUAAAUUGAUUUUUUUUAUUUCUGAAAAUGUUUUUCCAGUUUCAGCAUUAAAGGUGAUAAAUCACAGGACUGUUA